UUGGUUUUAUGCGCAGUUGUCCUUACUGGCAAGUGGAUUUAGUUCCGGUUAAACUGAAUCAGCUAGGCUACAUACACUUGCACGCAGGCUAACAGUCGGUUUCUUUCUCGGGAAGUUUUAUUUGGUAAAAGGUCACUAUGCUUUGUUUCAUAAAUCUAGACACCGUCACGUUUUAUCGGAUGCAGGUUGAUAUGCAGCGUAAUGCAGUUAGCUAACUUGUUAUAUAUGGCAGUAUUUUUGGUUAUUCAACCAACAGCAGCAAUAUCCUAACAGGAGACGGUCUUACCAUGCGCGAGAUCGCUGAAGCGAGACGGACACACGCCAUGCUACCAGAGAAGGACGGGCCAAGCGGUAUGGGUGGCGGAGGUCAGGGCCGUGUUGGGCCGGCUGAGCACCCCUCCGUCACCCUUUUCAGGGAAUAUCUGCGCCUAAAGACGGUUCACCCCGAACCUGACUACGAUUCUGCUCUGAGGUUCCUGGACAGGAUGGCACUUGAGCUGGGGCUUCCCAUGAAGAAAGUGGAGAUGUGCCCUGGCAGAACGGUGGCUAUCAUGACAUGGACAGGUACCAACCCUGCUCUGAAGUCAGUCCUGCUCAACUCUCACACGGAUGUGGUUCCUGUUUUCCAGGAAAGCUGGAAGUACGAUGCUUUUGCCGCCAUUAAGGAUGCCGAGGGGAACAUUUACGGCAGGGGCGCUCAGGACAUGAAGUCUGUCACCAUCCAGUAUAUUGAAGCCAUUCGCACACUGAAAGCAGAGGGCAGAAAGCUGGCACGUACUGUGCACUUGAUGUUUGUUCCAGAUGAGGAGGUUGGAGGUCACAAAGGGAUGGAGAUGUUUGUGAAGCAUCCUGAGUUUCAGGCUCUGAACAUUGGCUUUGCAUUGGAUGAAGGUUUGGCUAACCCAGGAGAAUCCUUUACUGUGUUUUACGGAGAGAGAUGUCCAUGGUGGAUUACAGUACGCUGUCCUGGCAGUCCAGGACACGGUUCCAGAUUUGUGGAGAACACGGCUGCAGAGAAGCUGCGCAACGUCAUCAACUCCUUUCUGGAUUUCAGAGAGAAGGAGAAAAAGCGGUUAAACACCAGUGAGUGCCUUACACUGGGUGAUGUCACCACCAUCAACAUGACCAUGGUGAAAGGGGGUGUGGCCUACAAUGUGAUCCCCGCAGAAAUGGACGUCAGCUUUGACAUGCGGAUACCACCCACAGUCAACCUUCAGGAAUUUGAAUACCAGAUCCAGCGCUGGUGUAAAGAGGCAGGCGAAGGCAUUACAUAUGAGUUUGCCCAGAAACAUGAGAACCAGGAUGUGACAUCCACAGCAGACAGCGACCCCUGGUGGAAUACCUUCAGCACAACAUGCAAAACCAUGAACAUGAGUCUGCAAAAGGAAAUUUUCCCUGCUGCCACCGACAGUCGAUUUAUCCGAGCUGUUGGCCUCCCCGCCAUUGGCUUCUCCCCAAUGAACCACACCCCCAUCCUUCUACACGACCACAACGAGUUCCUGAACGAGCAGAUCUUCCUGCGUGGCAUCCAGGUGUACCAGGAACUGGUGCCAGCACUGGCCAGUGUGCCCCCCCUGCCAGGAGAAUCUUAGCUUUCCUGGGCUCCACUUCAUAAACACAGCUUUGUCUUUGGGCAUCUCCCUCUGUCCUUCUCUCUCUUUGUCUGUCAGUCCAAUUCACAAAUUUACCAAAGCUUAUUACAUAAUACAAAAAAGAGAAACAAAUGACAACUGUAAAUCUAGACCAAUGAAUAUAUAUAAAGAUAUAACACUAUAAUGAUAAAGUUACAGUCAUCAACUCUGUAAGCUUUGAGAAUAAUAUAUAUCAUGUCUAAUAAUUCAUAUGUUAGUCAGAUAGUUACUGACUGUCCCUCAGGCUAUCGUAGGCUGAGAUGUAUUGCACUAGUGGGGUGGUGGGUCCCCCCAUGAGCAGGACCUGCAGUUUUUCAUCAUUUUUCUUCAAGAUUAAAUUAGGAAAAAUGUCAAUAAUUUUACUGAAAAAAUGUAUAGUUUUGCAAUAUAUGAGGAAGUGCAUCUCUGUCUCUACAUGUCUUGUUUCACAAUGACCACAUAUGCAAUCAUGAAUUUAUUUUUACUGCCCUGAGUAGAUCCCACACUUGACAUUCACAUUUGAA